AUGCUGAUAAAAGAAUACAGAAUACCUUUGCCUCUCACUGUAGAGGAAUAUCGUAUAGCCCAGCUUUAUAUGAUUGCUAAGAAGAGCAGAGAAGAAAGUUCAGGUGAAGGUAGUGGUGUGGAAAUUAUUGUCAACAAGCCAUAUGAAAAUGGUCCUGGAGGAAAAGGACAAUAUACUCAAAAAAUAUAUCAUGUUGGUAGUCAUCUUCCAGGAUGGUUUAAAAGCUUAUUACCAAAAUCAGCUUUAACAGUGUCUGAAGAAGCAUGGAAUGCGUAUCCCUAUACAAAAACAAGGUAUACAUGUCCUUUUGUUGAAAAAUUUUCCUUGGAAAUAGAGACCUACUAUUUUGCUGAUAAUGGUCAUCAAGAUAAUGUUUUUAAGUUAUCUGGAAGUGAUUUGAAAAAUAGAAUAGUUGAUAUUAUUGAUGUAGUCAAAGAUCAACUUUAUGGAGCUGAUUAUGUUAAAGAAGAAGAUCCAAAACUUUUUGUUUCCCAAAAAUGUAACAGAGGACCUUUAACUGACUCAUGGCUGGAAGAGUAUUGGAGGGAAGUACAAGGAAAAGCACAACCUUUACCAAAUGGCAAGUCAUUAAUGUGUGCAUAUAAGCUUUGUAGAGUCGAAUUUCGCUAUUGGGGAAUGCAAACAAAAUUAGAAAAGUUUAUUCAUGAUGUUGCACUUAGAAAAACAAUGCUACGAGCCCACAGACAGGCUUGGGCUUGGCAAGAUGAGUGGCAUGGUCUCACAAUGGAAGAUAUAAGAGAAAUAGAAAGGCAGACUCAAUUGGCCUUGCAAAAAAAGAUGGCUGGUGAAGCCGGAGAAGAUACCGAUUUAUCAGAAGAAAAUUCAAAAUCACUCGCAGCUACUAUGAGUAGUCUGGAAAAGAAUGAAGAUUCAGCAAGUCCUCUCAUUUCUAAGAAAAAUAAUACUGAGAAAAGAGUUCACAAGCAAAUGAGUCCUGAGAGCACACCACCCUCAGAGCCAAAAUCAUCAAAAUCAAACCUGAGAUCUUCUUCUUCAGGUUCUCUUAAGAGUUUGCAGACUCAAGUAGCAAAUUGGCGGAUGGAAACAUUAGUCAGGGAAUCAGAAACUGAAACUGGUUCAGAAGAUGAGUUUUACGACUGUGAGUCUUCUUUUAAUAAAUGGUCAUCCAUGUGUUCCCUAGAUGAAGGUGAUAUUGAUAUAUCACCUACAUUAGGUGAUCAAACUCAAGAUGACAGCAUCUUUAAUCCAACAUUUUUAAAGCGAGUUACAUCUGAGAGAGGUUCACGUAGAAUAAUAACCUUGCACAGUCACCAAAGCAUAGAUGGAUGUCCUGAUACUCCAGUUCACAGUUCCUGUCCAACAACUGUUUUAAUUCUUGUAUUCCACGCUGGGAGUGUUCUUGAUGCAAACAUUGAUAUGACUGCAAAAAAAUCUGACGUCACUACAUUUAAAGGAGCUUUCGAAUCAGUUAUGCGUCAGCACUAUCCAACACUAGUUGGUCAUAUAACUAUAAAAUUAGUCUCAUGCCCAUCAAUUUGCACAGAAGCUCUAGGAAUACUAUCUACUUUGAGUCCUUAUAGUUUUGACUGUUCACCAUCUACAGUUGAAACUCCUUCUUUGACGAAUGAUCUUAUACCUAUUGGAGCUAUUCCACUUAUAGCGACAUCUUCACCAGAAUAUUGUGAAUAUGUAACAAAAACAAUUACAUCUGCAAAUAUGGUUUAUAAUGAAUUUGUUAGAUCAGAUGAUGGAAAAGGUUUUAAUGGGCAAAUUUGUAUUGUAGGGGAUAGUAUGGGUUCAGUGCUCGCAUAUGAUGCUCUAUGUCGGACUAUGCAAUAUCAGUCUCGACACGAUAGCGAAAACAGUAUUCUUGAUACAGAAAUAACUAUACCGAAUGAACCAGCCGAUUACUAUAUGAAUAAAUCUCAUCUUCAAGCUCCCACACCUAGAAGGAGAUCUUCUACUGCAAGUGAUAACCAAACAAAGUUAGAAUUCGACGUCAGCGACUUUUUCACAUUCGGAAGUCCGCUUUCGCUUAUCUUAGCUUCGAGAAAAAUAUCUGAUGAUAAAUUCAAAGAUAUUAUAAAACCCCCUGUACAACAAAUUUUCAAUUUAUUCCAUCCAACUGAUCCCGUAGCUGCGAGACUAGAACCACUACUGUCAGCACGAUUUACGAAUCUUCCCCCAAUAAACGUUGCUAGAUACGCUAAAUACCCCCUCGGGAAUGGUCAACCUUAUCAUUUAUUGGAAUUGAUACAAACUCAUCCAACAUUAUUCGGCGAUCACCUACAAAUGCCACCCACUCCAGUUCUAAGAAGAUUAUCCGAGGUUUCAGUGCAAAGUACGGUCAGUGGACUAGUUGAUAACAUUCCAUUGAUUACUAUGAACGCACUUCAGCAAAAGUGGUGGGGUACGAAACGUUUAGAUUAUGCCCUUUAUUGUCCUGAAGGAUUGGCUAACUUUCCAACCAAUGCGUUGCCCCAUUUGUUUCACGCUAGCUAUUGGGAAAGUUCUGAUGUAAUUGCAUUUAUUUUACGACAAGUCGGACACUUUGAUUUGGCAUUAUAUAGUCAACCAGAGGACAAGGAUAGUGCAACGUUUAAGCCAGAACAAGAUAAAGAAAAGUGGAUGAGAAAGCGAACUUCAGUUAAGUUAAAAAAUGUUGCAGCUAAUCAUAGAGCUAAUGAUGUCAUAGUAAUGGAAGGUUGUCCACAGACAUUUUCGGCAAGGUUUAUGUAUGGCCCACUUGAUAUGAUCACUUUGACUGGAGAAAAAGUCGAUAUACACAUGAUAAAAGAUCCACCUGCAGGCGAAUGGACCCUGUUAUCUACAGUAGUUACGGACAAAACCGGGCGAAUUUCUUAUACAUUAUCUGAAAAACAAAGUGUCGGCUGUGGUAUAUACCCAGUACGAGUGGUAGUGCGAGGGGAUCAUACGAGCUGCAACUUCCAUUUAGCCGUCGUUCCUCCACAGACAGAAUGUGUUGUUUUUAGUAUCGAUGGCUCUUUCACAGCCAGCGUGUCUGUAACUGGACGGGAUCCCAAAGUUAGAGCAGGUGCAGUAGAUGUAGUACGCUUUUGGCAAGACUUAGGAUAUCUAAUCCUAUACAUAACCGGGCGACCAGACAUGCAACAAAGGAAAGUAGUGUCCUGGUUAGCUGAACACAAUUUUCCACAUGGCUUAGUUUUCUUUUCUGAUGGAUUUUCAACUGAUCCUCUUGGGCAUAAAGCGGCGCAUUUGAACAACUUGGUAACAGAACACGGAGUAAUUUUUCACGCCGCAUAUGGUUCGGGUAAAGAUAUAAGCGUGUACCAUAACUGUGGAUUAUCGGCGAAGCAAAUCUAUGCGAUCGGUAAAAUAAGUAAGAAGUAUAGUAAUAUGGCUACGACGUUAAGUGAUGGUUACGCUUCUCACCUGGCUGAUUUGAAACAGCCGGGGGCAGUCAGGCCGGCUCGAGGCAACGCUCGGCUCCUUGUUCCACGACGUUUGUUGGCAUCAGUCUCCAACACAGCAGCCCGUGGACGCCGU